GCGCUCCCCGUGUCACCCGCUGCCGGCAAACCCCGGCUCCGUUCCACACCGCCGGCGGAAUCUCACCCAGCCAGGGAACGCGCCCGGCCCCCACUUCACCGCUUUCCGCAGAGAAUCGCCCGGCACAUCCCCGAGACCCAGCCCGGCCGCCGCCGCCGCCGCCGCGCCAUGGCGAUCGCAAGGCAAGUGCUUUGUCUCUCUGCUUUCCUGUCGCUGCCGCUCGCUCGCGCCGAGCCCAUCCGCUACUCCGUAGCCGAGGAGGCGGAAAGCGGCUCCCUGGUGGGCAAGCUGGCGGAGGACGCGGGGCUGACGCCGCCGCAGCUCUCGGCUCGCCGCGCCCGCCUGCUCUCGGAGGACGGCCGCCAGCAUUUGCGCUUAGAGCCCGGCUCCGGCCGCCUCCUCGUGGCGGGGAGGCUGGACCGGGAGCAGCUGUGCGCCCACUCCGACACCUGCAUGCUCCCCUUCGAGCUGCUGCUCUCCGACCCGCUGCAGUUCUUUCGGGUCGAAGUGACUGUGGAUGAUAUCAAUGAUCAUUCACCUGUUUUUCGAAAAGAAAGAGUCACUUUUAAGAUUCCGGAGACGAGUGAGCCAGGCUCCCGUUUUCCACUGGAGGCGGCUCACGAUCUCGAUAUUGGCAGCAACACAGUGCAGGCGUACAGCAUUUCUCCCGAGAACGAAUAUUUUAUUGUCACGUAUGGAACUCGGAGUAAUGGUGACAAAUAUCUUGAACUGGUCUUGGAAAAGGCUCUAGACAGAGAAGAGCAGGCAGAGAUGGGUUUCAGGGUCAUUGCUGUGGAUGGUGGCUCUCCUCCGAGAAGUGGCACUAUCGAGAUCACUACAAUCAUUUUAGAUGCAAAUGACAAUGUUCCCAUCUUUACGCAAGAGCGUUAUAUUGGGAAGGUUUUGGAGAACAUGCCAGAAGGCUCUGUGGUUCUGACUGUGCUCGCAAGCGAUCAGGAUGCAGCAGUUAAUGGGGACAUUUCUUAUGAAUUAAGUGAAGCAGUAGGACAGAGUGACUCGGCGUUUGAGAUUGAUCCCAGAACUGGUGAAAUUAAAAUCACAAAACCACUAGACUUUGAGGAAGCACACACUCACGAGCUCAUUGUGAGGGCUACAGACGGUGGGGGGCUCUCAGCAAUCUGCAAAGUGUUGGUGGAGGUGGUGGAUGUGAAUGACAAUGCCCCAGAGCUGGCGGUCAGUUCCUUCAGCAGUCCCCUCCCCGAGAACACAGCGUCCGGCACCGUGGUUGCCCUGUUCACGGUCAGGGACCGCGAUUCUGGUGCCAACGGCAAGAUCUCCUGUGCCCUCGACGAUCAGCUCUUCUUCUCCCUGCGGCCAGCCUACAAGAAUUACUAUGAGCUGGUGACAGUGAGCGCGCUGGACCGCGAGCACACGGCUCAGUACGUGCUCAGGGUCACAGCAGCAGACGCGGGCUCCCCUCCUCUCACAAGCACGCACACCUUCACCGUGCACAUCUCGGAUGUCAAUGACAACGCCCCUGUCUUCAACCAGACCUCGUACACCAUGUAUGUGCGGGAGAACAACGUGCCCUCGGUGUUGGUGGGGGCCGUGAGUGCUGCAGAUGCUGACGAGGGGCUCAAUGCCAAGGUGACUUAUUCGCUGACGCCAGGGCCAGCGGCAGAGCGGCCCUCGUGCUCCUGCAUCUCGGUGAACUCGGAGAACGGGCACGUGUUUGUGCUGCGGCCCCUGGACUACGAGCGCCUGAAGCACACCGAGGUCACGGUCAGCGCCUCUGACGCGGGCUCUCCUCCCCUCCGAGCCAACGUCACCGUCCGCCUCGUGGUGCUGGACGAGAAUGACAAUGCCCCGCUCGUGCUCUACCCAGCCCAGGACAGCAGCCCAGCGUCCAGCGAGCUCGUGCCCGUGGCGGCCCAGGCGGGCUACCUCAUCACCAAAGUGGUGGCCGUCGAUGCCGACUCCGCCCAGAACUCGUGGCUCUCGUACCACCUGCUCAGGGCCACCGAGCCCGGCCUCUUCAGCGUGGCUGUGCAGAGCGGCGAGGUGCGUCUCAAGAGGCCGGUGACAGAGAGAGACAGCGUCAAGCACAAGCUCCUUGUGCUGGUCACAGACAACGGCAAGCCCCCACUGUCAGCCACCGCAGCUCUCAGCGCGCUCCUGCUCAAGGACUUCUCGGACGUGCGCCUCCCGCACAGCAGCCCGCCCGCAGACGAGCACGGCGACUCCCUGACCACCUCUUUAAUCAUCUCCUUGGUCUUUGUCUCGCUCCUCUUCCUCGUCUCCAGUGCAGUCUUUGUCGCUCGCAAGGUGUGCAAGAGCAAGGAGCUGAAGGCUGCCCAUGUGCUUUACGGUGCCGACAACUUGCAGAGCGGCCUGGCCGAUGCAGCCGCUGCAGGGACCCUGCCCCGCGCCUAUUGCUACGAGAUCAGCCUCACCACGGGCUCGGCCAACAGCGAGUUCCAGUUCCUCAAGCCCAUCCUGCCCAGCCUGCCAGCACAGCCCUGCGCCACGGGCCAGGGCCCCGAGCAACACGAACAGCAUUUCCCCUGUGUCCCUGUCAGCACAGAGGACACGGCACCAGAAAAUGCUGGGACUCUCUCUGAGGGACAGUUCAACACUCUUUCCUUUAACUAGCACAGGGUCUGCACUCACAGAGGCUUCAAUGUUCAUGGGAGGAUGUGAUCCAGGUUGGAGCGCGAGGAAAUUGUUUUUCCAGAGAAAAGCUGCAUAGCCAAUUGGCGUAGCAGAUUUCCUGUAAAUUCCGAGUCAGAGCAAAAUUUGUUUUCCACACUAUAAAGAAAAUUAUGGAAAAAAUAAUUUCUCAGAUUCUGUUGCUCAGAUAAUAGCCUAUUUUACUUCUGUCACAGGCAUUUUUGAUCGGCAUCAGUAAUGCACUCCCAGCUUUGCUGGUGUGUCUUGCUGUCCAACCAGAUAUUAGAAUACUUGCUCCUUGUUAUAGCUCAAUGGGAAAGUUGAGUAGAAAAAUCUCGCAGUUCCAGAAAUGAUUCAAACCCUAUUCCCCGGCUCAGAAAAGCAAGGUAGUUCUGAAUACUGUGUCAUGAUGUUCUAUUUGCACACGGCUGUUUCUUUCUGGGUUUCUGGAUAUCUCUGUCUCAGAUAGGUGGGCUCUCUAUGUUAUUCUUUUUCUCAUUAUGUCUAUGUGCACGGCCCUUGUGCAUCUGCGGAGGCUUCACCACUUCUGCCCAGUGAAGCAGUGAAUUUGUCCCAUCCAGCCACUGCAAUGCUGGCAAUUCCUGCUCUGCAGAGUCAAAUGCUGUUUUCACCCUAUGAGUCUAGGGGUCUUAUCUUCAUCAAGGCAGAGAGGAGAAGCAAAAUGCACAACAAAGAACUUCCUUUGAAAUAUCCGGAGGUUUGGUGUACCAUCCCUCUCAGAUUGUCUUAGAAAUUCACAGCAGCAGAUGUGGUAGAGACGCUAUUAUUAGAGAGUCAGGAAAAUUAUUAGUUGUUUUUGGCUGCCUUAUAAUGACACCUGUCCAUCAUAGAUAAUUUUCUGGAGUUAGAAUGAAGAAGAACUUGAAAAUAGGACUUCAUGGCAUUUUUCGUCAUCUUUGUUUCUGAUUUCGCUGGCUUUGUGUUGUGAGUAGAAAGCUGACCCUACAAGAUUAUCUCCAUUUCUGUUGGAGGGUUUCAUUCCAGUUUUUACCCUUUCUCCUUCUACCCCGUGCACUGAGCAUUAUUUGGCUGGUUCCCCUAGAGAGGGACUGCCACCACAUCUCUAAUAACUGUUUUUCUGAAUGAUGUUUGUGAUGCAUGAAAUACUCAGAAAGCCUCCCUCAAAGAGAAUUGUACUGGAAUUCUGCGUUUUAGCGUUGUACAUCGGUGUAAGUCUGGGUUUAGAUAUUGAAAAAAUACGUAGAAGUGAAAUAAAGAGAAUACCUGGACUCUUUUGUUCAGAUCCAAUUCUUUCUAGAGGCAUUAUUUCUGGGAAACCUCUGGCAAGAUUUUUCAAAUUCUUCGAGUAAUUUUCUCCCUAUGUUCCUUGACAGAAGCAAUGUUGGGUGGGUAGAGCUCCUGAGACUGAACAUACAGCCGGGACAGCGCUCAUUUGCACUCCUGUACUGUCACAUUCGCCCUGUCAAUGUGCGAUCUGUCGUGCCAGGCAAUGCAGCUUGGUCGUGGUGGGCUGGGCCUCCGCUUACUUCAGGGUCGGGAACGGGCGCGUUGG